AUUUACAAUUCUACUAACAGUUGUCCCAGUGCAGUCGCCUCCUUGGCUCUGAGCUUCUGUAGCCUACUGUGUGCUCUCUGACCCCGGUGGCAGUCCUCUCGCAGACUCGCGCUGCUCCGCUCUCUCGGGCUCCCCCCUUCUCUUCUCACAUCGAGGCUCCUAUCUCGCCCGUUGCCUUUCUGUCGCAUUUCCUCAAGAGCCAGCCGAGGGUCUCCCAGGGUCGAAGGUUCUGCCCUGCUAGCCACGACCUCCACCUCUCAAGACCUCCAAGUUGUCUGCGUUAUCUAUGGGACGGCAUUUUUGACAACAUAGACAGAGAGCUAACCCUGAGAACAUAUCUACCGGAUGAACGGAACUCGCCACCCGUUUGGCAAGAACAUCGCUGGGAAAAAAUAACGAGGCACAAAGCGAUUGUGGCCAGUUGUCCAGAGGGCCGGUGGGUCUGAGUUAGUGAACGGGGCUGUUCUGAAUGAUGCCCACUCCCUAAAAUGGUUCUGGAUCCUGGUAAACUAACUGCCCAUGUCCCAAGCAGCAGAGCCAUGGCUCACAGAAACCCCCCCUCUCAGGGCAAGGUGACCAUCACUGUGGACGAGUACAGCUCCAACCCCACACAGGCCUUCACCCACUACAACAUUAACCAGAGCCGCUUCCAACCACCCCAUGUCCACAUGGUGGAGCCCAUUCCCUAUGACACCCCUAAACCCUCCGGUCAUACACGUUUCGUCUGCGUGUCAGACACACACUCCAGGACGGAUGGGAUCCAGAUGCCAUACGGGGAUGUCCUGCUUCAUACUGGGGACUUCACUGAACUGGGCCUACCAUCUGAGGUCAAGAAAUUCAAUGACUGGCUAGGGAGUCUACCUUAUGAAUUCAAGGUGGUGAUUUCAGGGAACCAUGAACUGACGUUUGACAAGGACUUCAUGGCUGAGCUGGUCAAGCAGGAUUACUAUCGCUUUCCCUCCGUCUCUAAGCUGAGACCAGAGGACUUUGACGAUGUUCAGGCCCUUCUCUCUAACUGUACUUACCUGCAGGACUCUGAGGUCACAGUCAAGGGAUUCCGCAUAUACGGGGCACCAUGUCAGGGCAGACAGUGGAGUCCAGACUUCCGUAUCCUGAUGGAUCAUUCCCCUGCAGAAGAUCACAGCAGUGACCAGAGGACACCGUGGUUUAAUGGCUGGGGUUUUAACCUUCCCCGCGGCCAGUCUCUAUUGGAUAAGUGGAAUCAGGUUCCAGAGGGCAUAGAUGUUCUCAUGACCCACGGACCUCCCCUCGGUUUCCGGGACUGGGUUCCCAAGGAGCUGCAGAGAGUGGGCUGUGUGGAGCUGCUGAACACAGUACAGCAGAGGGUCCAACCCAAGCUCCACGCCUUUGGGGGCAUCCAUGAGGGGUACGGCAUUAUGACGGAUGGAUGCACAACUUUCAUCAACUCCUCCACCUGUACAGCCAGUUUCCAGCCCACAAACCCCCCCAUCGUAUUUGACCUGCCCAACGCAUAGAGCAUCGUAGAAAAUAAACCAGCAUUUUUUUAAAUUCAGUUGUACGAAAUGCUAAUCUUCAAGAUAUUUGUCUUUUGUAAACUGCUUGUAAAAAUGCAUGAAAAUCAGAUUCUGGUAAUGAAAUGAUCUUUGUAAAAUAUUCCAUAUUUUCCAUUUGCUUGCAUUUGCUGAAGUGGCUGGUUUUCUGUAUUGUGGUUCUCUUUGUUUCCUCUAUGAAGAUGGAUAAGCGCCUUGCCUCACAGGCAAGUACACUGCCUGACCGUAACAGGACUCUUUACAUAAGCAAUACUUGACCUCAUGAUGAUGAUUGAACAUGCAUUUGGCAUUGUAACUUAAGUUAUUUGGUCUCUGUUAAAGGCCUGUGUAUUGUUAAAAAUUAAGCCUUUGAAAUGAAAUUGUAUGUUGACAUUUGUAUGAAAUUGGUCCAAUUAUUCUAUACCCAGCAUAGAUGAAUCUCUUGCGCUCUCACACUUGUGUACGAGCUUUAUGUGUACUGGUGCAUCAUCUCCCUUGAUCUGUGGCGCAACGUUUUGGAACGUUCAGAGAGAAAUAUGCUAUGUGGACCUAUCUGCAACGUUCGAUCACAUUUGGCUACUGAACUUGGCCGUGUUUUUCUCUAGUCAAGCUCAUUGAUUGACUGGCCAGUCUUGUGGUACCGUUUGACAUCAAACCGUUCAUUCCCAUCUUAUGAAUAAUCAGCUGUAAAGAAAACUUUCACUUGAUGUUAAUUGGAAACAGAUGCUGCAUAUUCUCAAAUGACCCCAUCUUCCAUGGAGUACCUGUGAGCCGGUGCUUGUGUGAGUUUUCAACAUGCGCAAAUCAGGCAUUUUCAUCUCACUUUAAGAUUUGUAUCGAUAUUCAACAGCUGUAAAAUAUUUGGGAUGCCCUCUAAAGUACAAUUGUUUUGUUUUUUUCUCUGAUUUUUGCACUGUGUGAAAAUGCUAUCUUGCUAGCACAAAACAAGUUGCCAACGGUAGUCUUCUGUCAUUGUAAAUGCCUGUUUAGUUUCCUGGUUUAUGAACCUUUUUUAAAUUGAUGAAUUUAGUUGCCUUUAUAUGCAAAUAAAAUUGCAAGAUUUUUACCUGUUGAA